AUGUCUUACUGGCAGAACACCAUACCCUUUAACGAGGGCGCAGGCGGCUACUAUCAGCAACAACCUCCGCCUCAGCCGCAAUAUCAGCAGCCAUACCAGCAGCCGUACCAGCAGCAAUAUCAACAUUCGCCGUAUCAGCAACCAACAUACCAACAGCCGCCAUACCAGCAGAACCUGACACCACAACCCCAGUACCCAUAUCCAUAUCCCUCCGGAGAACUAACGACUUCUCCAAGCGCGCCCUCACCCACGCCCAGCUACCAUCAGCAGCCACCACCAUCACCACGUCCUCCAUCCCAUCAGCAGUCAUACCCUUCACAAGAACCGCCGCGGGCGCCUCCAUCCCCUUACCCCGCCAAUAACGGAAACGGCGGCAACCACCAUCACACGCCUCCUCCUCCACCACAGAGCAGCCAGAGUUUCGGCCAUGGUGCUCCAUCGUCAUACCGCUUCAAAUAUUCGACUUGCUCUGGCCGGCGCCGCGCUCUUCUCGUCGGGAUAAACUACUUUGGACAAGGAAGGCCGCUAAAGGGCUGCAUCAACGAUGUAGCACGCAUGUCAACGUUUUUAAAUCGCUCCUAUGGCUAUCGUCGCGAGGACAUGGUAAUUCUCACAGACGAUCAGGCGAAUCCCAUGAGUCAUCCGACGAAAGCGAAUAUGAUUCGCGCAAUGCACUGGUUGGUUGCGGGGUUUGAUGAAGUGAUAUACCCGGUCGACUACCAGAAAGCCGGCCACAUAGUCGACGAUGAAAUGCAUUCUAUCAUGCUAACCGCCAUCUUUGACUCCUGCCACUCUGGAACCGCCCUGGAUCUCCCAUUCCAAUACUCCACGCAAGGUGUUCUAAAAGAACCCAACCUCGCCAAAGAAACUGCUUUGGACCUCUUAAGUGCCUUCAAAAGCUAUGAAAGCGGUGACAUUCGUGGCGUAGCUAAUACGACAAUCGGCCUAUUCAAAAAGUUAACCAUCGGCGAUUCAGCUCGUCAGAAGACGCUUAGGACCAAGACAUCGCCGGCAGAUGUAAUCAUGUUAUCUGGUUCGAAAGACACACAGACAUCAGCGGACACCGUCGAAGGUGGUUCUGCACAGGGUGCGAUGAGCUGGGCCUUCCAGGAAGCAUUAUCCAAGAACCCUAAGCAGAGCUAUAUACAGCUUCUAAACAGCAUUCGAGCAGAGUUGAGCGGCAAAUAUUCUCAGAAGCCGCAGUUGAGCUGCAGCCAUCCUCUAGGUGGGUUCUCUCUUGCGCACCCCCUGAUCUUUUACUUCGUGUUUGAUGUACUGACAUGGUAG